GGAGGCUGCUCGUUCACUCCGGCGGUCCGCAUGGAUGUGGCAGCGGCGGAGGGCAUGUCUCUGCCGGGCACCCGACUCCGGAAUCGGCCGAUGCAAGUGAUGCCGAGCGGGAGGAAGGUGAAGGCGAGGCGGAAGAGGCGAGCGGAGUUGGUUCUGAUCCAGAUAUGUCUGUUCGGCGGCUUGCUGCUGGUCGUCAAGGGCUUUUCCUACUUUGCGGAGCGUUCAGGUCUUCAUGUCUCCAGCCACGGCAGCGACCAGCCGGAGAGAUGGGGAGGGAGAAGACUGCUGCAGGAAACGGACAACGGCAGCCUGGAGGAAAUGGAGAAAGAGGAAUCCAAAAACUGCACUACUCCCGCUCUGCACGAGUUCCCCACAGACCUGUUCACCCACCAAGAAAGAACCGAAGGAGCCGUGGCCCUGCAUGUCCUGUGUACCAUCUACAUGUUCUGUGCCCUGGCCCUCGUCUGUGACGACUACUUCGUGCCCUCGCUGGAGAAGCUGUGUGAGCGUCUCGACCUCAGCGAGGACGUAGCAGGAGCGACCUUCAUGGCCGCUGGCAGCUCGGCUCCUGAGCUCUUCACGUCCAUCAUAGGUGUGUUCAUCACCAAAGGCGACGUGGGUGUUGGGACCAUCGUGGGUUCAGCUGUCUUCAACAUCCUCUGCAUCAUCGGUGUGUGUGGCUUUUUUGCCGGCCAGGCAGUGAAGCUCUCUCAUUGGGCUCUUCUCCGGGAUUCCAUAUUUUACACCUUUUCUAUCAUCGCCCUCAUUGCGUUCAUCUACGAUGAGAAGGUGUGCUGGUGGGAGUCUCUUGUCCUGAUUCUCAUGUAUGCAGUCUACAUCCUCAUCAUGAAGUUCAACGGCAGGGCGCAUCGCUACUUCGACCGCCGGAAGGGGGGCUCUGGGAAUCUGUCCAACGGGCUGACAGGAAGUACCGAUCUGGAGGAUAACGUCUCGUGUGAUGCUACGGCAGUGCUGUUAAAGAAAGCUAACUUUCAUUGUAAGCCGUCGGUGCUGAUGGUGGACGAGCUGCUGUCUGCGUACCCCCACCAGCUGUCCUUCCCUGAGGCCGGCAUGAGGAUCAUGAUCACCAGCCAUUUCUCCCCCAGAACCCGCCUCACCAUGGCCUCUCGCAUGCUCAUCAACGAAAGACAGAGAGUGAUCAACACCACUGAGACUCAAGUCAACCGCAUCAACAAUGGCGACCAUGAUUCCGCCGCCAGGGCUCAGGGGAGGCGGGGUCUGGGGAACGGGAUGGGUGGAGCUGAGCAGGGUCCGAACGGGAGGUGUAGGCUUCAGCGCCUGGAGUCCGGGAACAGGCCAGAGGACGAAAAUGAGGACAAUGAGAACAACGAGAACGACGGGGAAGGGGAGGGAGAGGAUGAGCACAGCGGCCCCCUGGCGCCUUUCAAAGUUCCAGCCGGGGUCUUCAACAAGCUCAAGUGGCUCACGAUGUGGCCGCUGUCCCUGCUGCUGUUCCUCACCGUGCCCAACUGUGCCAAGCGGCGCUGGGAGAGAUGGUUCAUGGUCUCCUUCUUCACCGCGACCAUGUGGAUCGCUGGCCUUUCAUACAUCAUGGUCUGGAUGGUGACUGUGAUCGGCUUCACGCUGGGCAUUCCGGACGUCAUCAUGGGCAUCACCUUCCUAGCCGCAGGCACCAGCGUCCCAGACUGCAUGGCUAGUGUUAUAGUGGCACGGCAAGGUCUGGGAGACAUGGCCAUCUCCAACUCCAUAGGCAGCAACGUGUUCGACAUCCUGGUGGGCCUGGGCCUGCCCUGGACUCUGCAGACGCUCUGCGUCGACUACGGCUCCAACAUCUACCUGAACAGCAGAGGACUCAUAUUCUCCGUUGGACUCCUGCUAGCCUCAGUGUUCGUCACGGUCCUUGGCGUCCAUCUGAACAAAUGGACUCUGGACUGGCGACUGGGCCUGGCCUGCCUCGUCCUGUACGCCGUCUUUCUGUGCUUCUCCAUCCUCAUCGAGUUCAACGUCUUCAUCUUCGUCAACCUCCCCAUGUGCAGAGACAUCCACUGAGCUCCCCUCGCGCUCCUCUCCUGCGUCUUCUGCUUCCUCUGGUCGAUGGAGGAAACCUCGCCUGGCUUCCAGUUUCUCUGCGCCUCCAAAACAAGUCCCACCUUUUUGUUUUUCAAAUAGAAAAAUGUGUAUGAUUUACCUUUUGGUGUGAUAGAGCAGAACUGUAGAUAGUUUGUCGGGACGGGACAGGAGGCGCGUGGAGAGAGAGGGAGACAGACGGCCUCCAAAUGUCUCGCGGAGCCAAACGUCCGUCUGGAGGGAAGUGGGCUGCAAGGACUCCACUGCUGCUGCUACUGACUGGAGCGACGGGGGGGGAAACGCUGCACUAGGACAUUCUUUGUUACUCUUUGUAAAGGUUUGGAUAUAAGCACACCCCGUUUAGGUAUUUUGAAUUCAAACCUGGCAUUCUCUGUGUGUGUGUGUAUAUGUCUAUAAGCAUAAGAUUAGCCGAUACACGGGACCGCUGCCU